GUGAAAACCGCGAGGUGGGAAAGAAACGAGAAAUAAACCAUCAGGGAAAGAUGAGGCGAGUGUCCUUUCGGCUGGGCUCUCUGACUCAUCUGCAAGCCAUAACAGCCAGCCUGUGGGAUAAAUGACUUCUCCCCUGUGUUGAAAGGAGACCCAAGUGAAACAGACACUUCCUGGAGAGGCGAUGUUGCCACCCGAUACCCCAGGCAGAAGGAAGUCUUUGCUAUCGGGGUCCUCCAUUCAGCAAGAUGGAGGGAAAGUCCCUGGGACUGGAGAUGUAAAUCCCAGGGCAGGGUGCAAGAGACCCUGAAGAGCCUGCUGCACAUGGACUUUGUCUAAAGGGAAAAGCAUGCUGGGGUUGGACCUGAUCCCUGGAAUGCAUCUAUGAGGAGCAGCAGUUGGAAAGAGGAUUAUUCCUUGAUGAUUAUGGAGAACUAGCGUGUCAGCAAAGUGUCAGAGCAAACUCUUUCCCACAGGAAUAGUAACACACUCCCACAGUUUAUGGUAGCCACCAGCCUGAAAGCUACAUCAGUGGCUGAAGGGAGCUCCACUCAGGUCUUUCCCAUUUCUUCCUCCUCUUCCCCUUAUUUCUUCUUCCAGUGAAGCUCGAAAGACAGAAACAUCACUCAGAUCUUGCUAGAGUGUUGGAAAUACCGUGCCUUUGUUUUGGAUGAUUUGUACUGAUGUGCCACUUCAAUAGGAUGUACAAAGCGUGACUUGGGUGAUGACCAUUUAGCCAGGACUGAGCUGGUUAACAAAGUUUGCAGGCUGAGCACAAAGACUGAGUGGAAUGGAAGCAGCCAGCCAUGCACUUAUAGGCCUCUAGUUUUAAACAAGAGAUCUUUAUGAAGGAGCUUGAAAACCAGACCUAUUGUUCAUCUGAAAAUUAAUUCCAGCUGAUUAAACCAUUGGCUUUUAUUUUUUUCCCACCUGAUGCAAUGCAGUGCCUCUCUGUUGGUUUUGAAUAUGUGAUUUGCUAUGCAAUUCAAAUACUAAAUAAGAAGGAGAGACAAACUUUCAUCCCAGGACAAACAGAGAAUCAAAGGUGGAAGGACUGUGAGACCUAAACAAUGUGGAACAAAAUGAGGAAUUGCUCCCUGAAGCUUCUCAUAAACAGAGAACUAAUGUAUUUUGUAACUGGAAUGCACUGAGGGUGAAAAGGGGAGAAAAAAAGUCUCAUCAGUUAGAGGUUUGUGAAAGUAAAUUAGAAACAAAAGCACCUAAUGUAAUACGCUUCAGUAGAUCUGAAGGGCUAGUCAAAUGGACACUGGAAAUACUGGAUCAAUAGCCUAUUUAAGUGGGAAUAUGUGAUUGAAAAGUGAUUGCCCUCUUGUCUGUUGGGUAUUUUUGUAGGGGACUCAAGCAGGACAUAUGCAGAUGGCCUGUUUUAACAGGGAUAUUUUGUGCUUGAGUAGUACCAUGUAAUUCGGAAGGGAUUACUACAAAAAAAAAAAAAAAAAAGAUUAGUGCAGAGUUGACUGUGUUUGUAAAUUUCAGCUACUUGCCACACAGCUUUUGAUGCCUCUUAAUGUGAUUCCUAAGGAGCAUGGGGUCCACCCAAGGGUGAAGAGACUAUACCACAAACCUUUGGUCUGCCUGGCAAUGAGUAAUUAAUGGAUGCCUGAUGUAUCUGUAAUCUCUGCAAGCAAAGGAGUUGAUGUCAUCAUGAUUUUCAUGAUGUGAUUUUCCCUCAGGAGAAGCUAUGACUUGGAACGACACCACAAUGGAUGGGGAAGGCUUGCUCGUGGAAAGGGACUCCUCCUUUCGAAUCCUUACAGGCUGCUUCCUUUCUUUGCUGAUACUUUCCACGCUUCUGGGGAAUACAUUGGUGUGUGCAGCUGUCAUUAGAUUUCGCCAUCUGAGGUCCAAGGUGACCAACUUCUUUGUAAUCUCCUUAGCAGUAUCAGAUCUUUUAGUGGCAGUCUUGGUCAUGCCUUGGAAAGCUGUUGCUGAGAUAGCUGGUUUCUGGCCUUUUGGUUCAUUCUGUAACAUCUGGGUGGCAUUUGAUAUUAUGUGCUCCACAGCCUCAAUCUUAAACCUUUGUGUCAUUAGUGUGGACAGAUACUGGGCCAUCUCUAGUCCAUUCAGGUAUGAGAGGAAAAUGACCCCCAAGGCAGCUUUCAUCAUGAUCAGUGUGGCAUGGACCUUGUCUGUAUUGAUUUCCUUCAUUCCCGUGCAGCUGAACUGGCACAAAGCUACAACCACAAGCUUUUUAGAGCUAAAUGCCAGUUUCCAAGGCAUAACCAUGGACAACUGUGAUUCCAGUCUAAACAGGAUGUAUGCCAUCUCCUCUUCUCUAAUUAGCUUUUACAUCCCAGUGGCCAUCAUGAUCGUCACCUAUACAAGGAUAUACAGGAUUGCUCAAAAACAAAUAAGACGCAUCUCAGCUUUGGAAAGAGCAGCAGUGCAUGCUAAGAACUGUCAAAACACGACAGGGAAUGGAAACAGUAUGGAUUGCCAACAACCAGAAAGCUCCUUCAAAAUGUCCUUCAAGAGGGAAACGAAAGUCUUAAAGACUUUGUCAGUGAUCAUGGGGGUGUUUGUAUGCUGCUGGUUACCCUUUUUCAUAUUGAACUGCAUGGUGCCCUUUUGUGAGCCCAGCCCACCAUCCAAGGGAGCAGAACCCUUUUGCAUUAGUUCCACGACCUUUAAUGUUUUUAUUUGGUUUGGAUGGGCUAAUUCCUCACUGAACCCCAUCAUUUAUGCCUUCAAUGCUGAUUUCCGCAAGGCAUUUUCAACUCUGCUAGGAUGUUACAGACUCUGCCCUACUUCCAACAAUGCUAUAGAGACCGUUAGUAUCAACAACAAUGGGGCAGUUGUUUUUUCAAGCCAUCAUGAGCCUAGAGGGUCUAGCCCAAAAGAGUGUAACCUGGUGUAUCUGAUCCCACAUGCUAUUAUCUGCCCAGAAGAAGAACUUCUGAAAAAGGAAGAAGAGGGUGAACUAUCUAAGACCUUAGAGAAAAUGUCUCCAGCACUGUCUGGUAUCUUGGAUUAUGAAGCUGAUGUGUCUUUGGAAAAGAUCAACCCCAUCACUCAGAAUGGAGAACAUAAAACAUGAACAUAAAACAUGAGGUUAGCCCAGCAAAAUCCAAUAGUCAAAAAAGAUAUACAAGAUUUUUUGGUAAGAAACUAAACUCUAGUGAGAAUUAUACCGUCACGCAAAGCUCAGAGUUGAUUACUGGGUGUUCAAAUCAAACAUAACAUUUAAAACAAAAAAGAUAUUGAAAACCCAAAGGUAUUUCUGUAUUGUUCAUACUGAAUAAAACAGAGACACAAAUUUAGGUACAAAGCAGUGUUAAAGAAAAUAUUUCUUCUGCUCUAUAAACAUUUAUAGAAACUGGUUUCUAUCUUAAAAUGGGACAAGAAAAAACCCAUUAACAACUUAACAAUUAAUCUUUGAAGAAAAUGAGAGGAUUUAAUUUGCCAUGUAUAGUACUACUGGGUGCUACCAGCUUCUAAGUAUAGUUUGAGGGAUUAAAAAAGUAGAUAGAUGCCUUCUAAAAUUAUUUCUGAAAAUAAUGAGCCUUAUAAUGAGAAUGGGUAUUUUUAAAGCUCUGGGAGAUAAUAUGUUGAUACUGGUUUUAUUUAUUUAUUGUUUUAAAUGGAUAUUUUUCAU